AUGCCUUCAGUUCAGUCUCUGAGAGAGUUUAUCAACGAGCGACUAACUGCUGCUGCUGAACAAAUAUUCUUGGAGUUUGAAAAAACGAUCGUCCAGUACGAGGAAGAGAUCGACCGUCAGCGCAGACUGCUGGAUAUCACCUGGAAACCCCAAAUCAAGCUGCACAGGACAGACGUCCCACAGCAGCAGGUCUGUGAGGAGGAGGAGGAGGUUCUCCCUGAGCAGCAGCUCUGGAACCAGGAGAGGAGCUCCAGUGUGGAGCAGGAGGAACCAGAACCUCCACAGAUUAAAGAGGAACAGGAGGAACUGUGCAGCAGUCAGGACGGAGAGCAGCUGGGGCUGAAGGAGGAGCCUGAAGUUCAUCAUGAUCCUGUGCAGUACGAGGAAGAGAUGGAGCGUCAGCGCAGACUGCUGGAUAUCACCUGGAAACCCCAAAUACAGCUGCACAGGACAGAUGUCCCACAGCAGCAUAUCUAUGAGGCGGAGGAGGAGGUUCUCCCUGAGCAGCAGCUCUGUGACCAGGAGAGGAGCUCCAGUGUGGACCAGGAAGAACCAGAACCUCCACAGAUUAAAGAGGAAGAGGAGGAACUGUGCAGCAGUCAGGAGGGAGAGCAGCUGGGACUGAAGGAGGAGCCUGAUACCUUUAUGGUGACUGCUGCUGAGGAAGGAGACCACAGCGAACCAGGAGGAGAUGGGGAGCAGCUCCUCUGUGAUGACUCUCCUCAAAGUGAAAUCACAGAUGAAGAAUCCAGCAAGUGUGAAGAGUCAGGGCUAAGUGAAACUGUGACCUCAGUGCCAAAGAAGAGACAGAAGCGAGACAGAAGUCACGAUGAUGUGGAGAGCUGGACUGUGUCAGAGAGUCCCUGCAAUGCUGCCACAGGCGACUGUAAAUCAAGAGGACCUUGGUCUAUCUCCCUCCAGCAUGGAGAACCUGGGACGUUCCUGGGACUCUUUGGUGGUUUUAGCAACGACAGACGGAACAAUUGACGGGAAAAGUGUGGACUUUAUACCAGUUUUUAAAUUGUGUUGAUAGGCCACGUAAAACCAGAGUUAUGAUAAAAAUAUCUGCAAUGUUUGGUUUUCUUCCUGAAUACUAUCAUUGUUUAUAUUUACUGCGGGAAGAAACGGUAAAAACUGUGUUUUAUAAGGAAAACGCUCGAAAGCGCUCUCCACCUGUGAGCAAAAACAAAACCAAACCCCCCCCCCCCCAGCCUUUCCUAUUGGUGGAAAAAUGUAGCAUGUCGACCAAUCAAAAAAUGAUAUGGCAACAUGGCAUUUAGUAGUUUAGGAAGGGGGAAGUUUUAGGAGUGACGGCGGUGUUUUGAGAUGUGAGAGAUUUGCGACGUUUAGCGCAAAUCUUGUGUAGUUAGUGUGUAGUUAGUGUGUAGUGUAGUCAGUAGUUUUGUUGUGUGUGUCAGAACAAUGAGGCGACUGCUGAAUGUUACAGGUGUUACAGCAGUGAUACAUCUCCUGUUGUCAGGCCUGCAGGUAUCAGGCUGUUGUUCUCCUUUAUCUCAUAGUGGACAGAAAUUAUUUUUGGAGUCGCACAAAUAAUUUGUGUGGCAUCAGAUUUGAUGCAGAACAGCUGAUUGUUCUGUAAAUAGUUUGAAAUGUUUAUUUAAAAACGCCUUGGCUGCAUUUUUAGGUAAACAGCUGCAAAAAACUUUGUUUGCAAAACUCAGUAACUUUUUUGAAGAAGUAACUAUAUAAUUAAUUGCCCAACAUUGGUCAUUAUAUCCUGUAUUUUGCAGACAGAGUUACAGGACUCUCUCCCAGACCACAGACUCAUACUCAUAAUACAAGUCAGAGCUUUAUUUUUAUUUUUUUAUUUUUUUUUAAAAAGAAAAGAAAGUUGUGUUUUCAAAAUUGGAGUUCAAGUUAUUUUUCCUUCCAAUAGUGUUAACAUACUACACAGGUCAUGAACAAGAUUUGUUUAAAUUUUCAUUGUAAGUGGGCUAAAGCAGUUAAUUAAAAGUAGUCUAACAUAAAUGUAAAUGCUGUAAUUUGAUUAUUUUAAUAAACAUGUAACUUGGAUGGAUUAGAUGCUGGCGUGAUCACAAUUUUCCAGUGUAGUAAUGACGCUAUACAAAUAAACCUGUUAUACAUCGCUUUGUUAAAUCUAAGAUGAAAUUUUGUUCUGUAUCUCAACAAAAAGAUUUGGGAUAAGGAUAAUGUUAAUGAUAAUGUUAGUAAGGUGAUAAAACUGAAUAAUAGCUUUGCAUCAAACUAAACAUUUGAAUGCAUGAAGCUCUUCACUAGCUCUUCUGCCUCAUCCAUUCCAAUAUGGAUAGGAGAGGGUUUACCAUUGUUGUUGACCGCUCAGCUGGUGAACGGAGGAGGGCGGAGCUCUAUGUUUCCAAAGAUCUAAUGAAGGUGGACCUCUAACUUCCUAGCAUCUGGACAUAUAGCAGAAAACAGUCCGACAAAGAAUGGAAGAGUGGUCCCUCUCAAUAACCUACAGCUAUCAGAAGAUGAACUUCUGAUAGGAUCCCAAAGAUCUGGGUUAGUUUUUCAUGUAAAAAUAAUGCUGACAAUAAGAUUCCAGUUCAUUUUUCAUGCUAAAAACCUUUCAUAUUUACAUGGAUAACACUAGUUGGUUGUCACGAUCAGUCAUUAGUUUGAUUUAUUCAACUCUAAGCACCUUCCAAUGCGCUGUUAUGGUUUCACUAUGAUCCUUUGACAAUUCUUUUGCUUUCCCCAUGACAUAGAAACCAAAAACAUCAGUGUAGCAGUGGAUGAAAGGUGCAAGGGUCUGUCAGGAGUCCAGAGAGUCAUUCACAUUUUAUACAUACACAGUAAUUACAAGCAAACGCAUCACAGGUGAAGAUGGUUACUUUUAAUAGCCAGUCUAUUAAAGUCAACCCCCCUUACCUUUCCCAGCAGGUAAGGGGGGUUGACGGCCCGAUCCUAUAUGUGACACCUACAUACGGUCACAAUUGUAAUUGGUUUUAAAUAUUUAGUGAUGUAAAAGGCAUUGUGGUAUUGCACUUUUCAGUUAAAGUUAUGAGGUUGAAAUGUCAUGGCAUCGCCACAAGGGGGAAGUAGCUGUGAGUGCGCUAGGCCGUUGCUCCUGUCUCUACUUUUCUGUAUAAAACAGGUUAGUAGUUGGAAUUAGCUAACUGCAAUGCACAUAUAAUCCAAGAAACCUUUUUCUGUCUUAGUUAAAGACCACAAAUGUUGUGAGAAAGUGUGUUUUCAUUUCAUUUUGUUGAUAUAUGUAAAUAGUCUGAUGGAUACUGUUUUGUGGGCAAUUGCAGGAUAUGGUUGUUUAUUGUUUGAAAAUGUAAUAUAUUGUUGAAUCUGUUAAGAUAUAAAGAAUUUACAAUGGUAAUAAUAAGCAGGUUAAUCGCAGUGUUAACAUUACUGCACAGAAAUAUUGUUGAAGCUGGACAGCAGCAAAGUGUAAUUACAGGUUCACUGUAAAUAAGGAGACUGAUAUUCAAAGUUAUUUUGUAGAUUUAUGCUUGUGAGAAAAACAAAGUAUCAAAUGUGUUUAACAUGUAAACUGGAUUGAAUGUGAUGUGGUUUUUUUGUUAUGGGAGAAAUGUGUGUUGAAGUGAACAGAAAAGGAUGGUGUGAAAUUCUGUGUAAUAAACAGGAAGAGCCUGCAGACCAAACACAACUCAUGUCUCCUGUCUCUACUUUUCUGUAUAAAACAGACCCCAUAGAAGGCCUGUAACAUACACAUCAGCCGGAAGCUGACAGAGCAUGAGAGGAGGUAGAGCAUGGUGGAGGAGUGCCUGGCUAUCCGGUGGGCAAUCGACUCCCCUCGUUAUUACCUUCUGCACACCGCAUGAAGGAUGCCAACGCCCGGAUCACCUGGUGGUAUCUGGCUUUGCAGCCCUUUAAGUUCAAGGUAGUGUAUAGAUCAGGGGCACAGGUGUGGCUGAUUUCAUUUCCCCCUCGCGCAGGGCUUAGUAGGUUCGGCCAGAUGGCCUCUGGGCCUCAGUCGGACAGUGAGGGAGAGGGGGGGGGGUGGCAGUGUCGUACCUGCUCAGCUGCAGGGGAGGGGUGGUGCAGUGAGCUCAAGGGGCAGUGCCAGGGAGCUUGGAGGGACAGGUGGACAUGAUCAAGCUAAUGAAGUUUCUCCCUUUUUAUUAUUGAGUUUGGAGACCAGAGAUGGGAGAGUGCCAGACAGCUGGAAAGCUGGUGGAGGUAUGUGCCGAACCAGGAAAACAGUGUAUCGGGUCACGGUCCUUUCUACAGUUACCUUUCAGAGCCAAUCUAACCCUUUUGUGUCAAGUUCUGUGCACGUUAUCAGGCCCACUCACCAGGGUAUGUAAACUUUUGAUCGGGAUCAUUUGGGUAAUUUGUGUAGUGAUUGUGAUUUAAAAAGAGUAAACACUGUUGUUUGACAAUAAAUGUCUUCAGCCAACCACUGACCAUGAGUGAAAGAAAAGCUUGUCUGAAAAAUGGUUAAGAAAUCAUGAAUUCUGCCAGGAUAUGCACAGCUGUACAGUGUUUUAAUCAUCUUUGGAACAGACUCCAGUUUCAGUUCACCUUUAUGUGUUAUACAUACCGUAUUUUUUGGAUUAUAAGGCACUUUAAGCGAAACAAAACAGAUAAGUCAAACUUUACUCAGCUCCUCCUUCUUGCUUCCUCCACUUCUGUACCAUUGAUUCAUUAAUGUUGAAUUCUCUGCAGCUGCUCUAUUCCCAUGUUGUUGCAGUAUAUUAAUGACUAACCUGGUAUUGUGGAUGAAUCAUCUCAGUUGUUCUCCUGACUGAAGUUUGGUCCGUUUACAGCAUCCUGCCAUGCGAUUGCAUUUGUCUCUAACCAUCAGGAACCUUCACGUUAACUUUAAUCGAGUGGAAAAAAGUUAGUGUUCAUCCUCCAGCUUCACUGUGUUUAUGCUAACAUAGCUGUGUCGCUAGCGAUCACGUAGCACAUCAUUAUAUACCAGCUAGCCCAACUUCAGUAACCCUACAAACGUCACUGCUGUUUAGUUUUCUGUCUUCAUUUAUGUUGGAAGUGAUAGCAGAGCUGUACGUUUGAAUUUGUUUCAGAAAUCUCUCAGUCAGAACAUGCUAUAUCAUGCUUAGGUGGAAGCUAGCGAGCUAACUUCCUGCUAACUCCAUUAAAUUUUAAUAAAUUCUGUUUUCAUGGAUGCCUGGAUGUUAAACUUAUUGUUGGGGUUUGUUUUUUUGGUUUUUUUUGCAGCAAUGUUUAUUGAGUUUUUAGAACACAUAAAAUACAGGUCAAAUAAAUCGUAUACAGAAAUAGAAUAUUCAUCAGGAAAAAAAAUAAAAUAAAACAAAGAACAAACAAAAAACCCAGAAAAAAACCCCCAGAUGGACUAUACAAAGUGUCAUUCCCUCACGGUUAUAUCUCUUCUAUCAUGUUAUGUCUCUCCAAAUUAUGUGACUCCAGGUUCCCUGGAUUCCACCAACACUUGUGAAAGGUCCGCUCCUUCCAGGUAUAAUAUAAAAGGUUUCCAGACAAUUUCAAACAGCUCCUUCUUCCCUUUCAAAAUAUAGGUUAUCUUUUCCACAGCCAGAGAUGAGGACAUGUCCCGUAACCAAUGCCCCAGUUUUGGUCUAUCAAUUUUUCUCCAGUACAAUGCAAUUAGAUGUUUAGCAUGUAAGAGGCACAUAUUUAUGAGGGUCCUGAUCUCUUUUUGAAUUGUAGGAGUUGGUGGAUAAAGUCCCAAUAAAAAUAAUUUGGGGUCUGGAUUUAGAGUUAUACUUACCAUACUAUUUAUUGCUAAAGUUACCGCCCUCCAGAACUUCUGUAUCUCCUCACAUUCCCGUAAGGAGAGGAAAAGAGUUCCCUUUUCUAUACCACAUUUCACACAUGUAUCCGGGAUAUUAUUAUUAAAUGAAUGUAACUUAACAGGGGUUAGAUAAGUUGGCAUGGACCAGUUAACCUGUAAAAGCUGCAAUCUUGUGUUAACAGUUGGAGUAUGAGCUUUUAAGCACACUGAUUUCCAUUCUUCUAAAGAUAUAUCUGUUCCUAUAUCGUUCUUCCACGCGUUCAGCCAGCCAGCAGAGGAUUCAGUAGAAUUGAAAUAAACAUAUCGUACAAAUAUGAGAUCUGCCGCUUGGUGUAAGGAUAUUCAGAAACUGCUUUUUCUAUUAGUGAUAGGUCAGGUAGGGUCAAAUUGUUAUUUUGUGAGGUUGCCACAAAGCUCCUUACUUGUAAAUAUCUAAAAAAAAAUUUAACUUACAUAAAACACUUUAACUCUCAGCUGUUCGAAUGACAUCAUUACACCAUCACAAAAAAGGUCUUCAAUCUUAUUCAGCCCAGACCUAGUCCAAGUUCGAAACCCUGUAUCGAUCAUACCAGGUUUAAAAUGUUCGUUUCCCUGAAUCGGACUAAAAUUCCCUACUCCCAAAACAUCAUGUGCUAUGUGCCAUAUAUUGAUCAUGUUCAAAAUAAUAGGAUUGCUAUGCUUCUUUUAAGAGGUUUAAAUGGCGCCGAGUACAAAUAUGCACUCAAGGGCAGUUCUGAAUUAAGUAAGAACGAUUCCAUGCAAACCCAUGCCGGAGGUGGAUCAGAUGAGAAAUAGUACAUCAUCGUGCACAACUGUGCAGCCUAAUAGUACCACUGAAAGUUAGGAGCAUUAAGAGUUAACCGAAGCCGAUGGCGACGAUUUUGCCAAAUAAAAUUGGUAAUAAUUUUCUUUAAUUUAAGAAAGAGACCUACAGGUACUGGUAGAGGGAUAUUCUGAAAUAAGUAGGAGUUUAGGGAGUACGCUCAUCUUCACAAUAUUAAUCCGCCCAAUAGUCGAUAUGGAUUUGCCCACCUAUCUAUCGAUUCAGUAAUAGAUUGAACAGUAGGGUCGUAGUUAACCUCGGCUAUCUUGUUAAAAUCUUAUACGAAUUCCCAAGUAAGUCAGACAUUCUGAUGGUUUGAAUGUCUGAGGCGAGCUGAGACGAUUAGUUCGCGCCGUUUCAUUCAGCAACAUUAAAGAGGAUUUAGAGUCAUUUACUUUGUAUCCAGAGAAGCGUCCAAAGGAGCUAGUUAUGUUUAAUAAAAUUGGAAUUGAUCUAUCUAGUUGUUUCAAAAAGAGCACAACAUCGUCCGCAUAAAGUGCUAUCCGGUUGUCUUGGUUGCCCAAUUCAAUACCAGUAAUAUCUACGUGCUUCCUAACAGACAUGGCCAAUGGUUCUAUGGCCAUCGUGAAGAGAAGUGGGGAUAGAGGGCACCCUUGACGGCCAGAGAGACAAUAUUAUUAGUGAGAAUUUCAGCAGUGGGCUGGGAGUAAAGACGUUUUACUUGUUUACAAAACUUAUUACCACAUUCAAAUCAAGCCAGUACAUCAAAUAAGUAAGGCCAUUCAACUCUGUCAAAGGCCUUUUCAGCAUCUAGCGACAGAACUGCAGUAUCACACGCAUCUUGGUUUUUGUAGAGGACAUUUAUUAAUCUCCUCACAUUGUGAGACCCUUGUCUUCCUUUAACAAAACCAUUCUGGUCUGUAUUAAUCACUAGUGGGAGACAUUUCUCCAAUCGCUGGGCCAAUAUCUUGCUAAGAAAUUUCAUGUUCAUGUCAUUUUCAGAGGAUUCAGAAUACAUAUCUAGCAACGGUUUUAAGAGCUUGAUCGUAAAAGGCCUGUUUAACGUAAAGCUUUCUGAUGCUUUCUCUGCAGUAAUUUCUUUGUAUUGAGCCCUACAGAGGAGUAAUUCUUGUUCAGAGCAUAUAGACUUAUCAACAAAAACUUGGCCUUCCAGAAGUUUAAUUUUGGUCACAAGUUCUUUAAUUUUUUGACUAAUAUGCUUUGAUUUAGUGGCAGUAAAACUUACUAUCUGUCCACAUAUAAAAGCUUUAAAGGCUUCCCACCUAACAGAAGAACUUGUUUCUGAGGUGUCAAAGUAUACAUCAAUCUGGGUAUAAAUAAAGUCUACAAAAGCAGAAUUUUGCAGCUAUUUUACAGCGAAACGCCAUCGUGGUCUAUCCGAAACAAACUCAGAAUCAAAGUAAAUUAACAACAGAGGUCUGAGAUUAAAAUACUGUCAUAAAAACAAUCUUUAAAAUUGGAUAAGAGAUGCUGAAAUGAGAAAAGUCAAUUCUAGAAUAGCACUUAUGUGUAGCUGAAUAGCAGAAGUAUACAGUCUUAUUUGCAUUUAGCUCUCUCCAGAUUUUGAGAAGAUUUAGCUCAGCCAUGAAGUGAUUAAUGCUCUUCCUCGCAUUAGGAUGUGUAGGGCCAGUAGAAUGGGAGGACCAAUCCUUAACAGGGUCCAAAGCUACAUUAAAAUCCCCUCCAAUAACAUUUUCUCCCUCCAAUGUAGCGAGUAAUAGAAACAGGUCCUCAAAAGAUUUGGGGUUGUCCUCAUUAGGACCAUAUACGCAGAAUAAGUUGAGCUUAGACUUUAAGCGAGUGCCUUGUACUAUUAAAUAUCUGCUACGUAUCUGAUAAUAUUAGUCAUCUCAAAAGGGAUGUUUGCCUGCAUCCUCCUCAGUCUAGUCAAUACCCGUUUCACCUUACUCACUUUAUUUAAACCCCUACAGUUCCAGGAUGUUAUCUUAGUAUUCAUAGAUGGGGACAUAAUUGUAGAUAGUAAAUCGACUGCAGUAGAUUAAGCUGAAAAUAUGAAGAUGGCCAUUCUUGGAAA